GACAUCAUUGCUGACAGAAGACAGACUGACAACACUGCGAUUGAAACUGAACUGUCAGUUUUUCGAAAAGUGUUGCCUUUGCGUUUCCUCUUUCUUUUCUUUGACGGUCUGUCACAGUGUAUCGUACAUUUUUCCACGGAAAUAAAUUAAUAAAAUUUAAGCCAUGGUGCGAAUGAACGUAUUGGCCGAUGCCCUUAAGUGCAUCAAUAAUGCUGAGAAACGUGGUAAACGACAAGUACUUCUCCGGCCGUGCUCAAAAGUCAUCAUCAAAUUCCUCACAGUCAUGAUGAAGCACGGCUACAUUGGUGAAUUCGAAAUUGUUGAUGAUCAUCGAUCCGGUAAAGUUGUUGUCAAUCUAACUGGUCGCCUAAACAAAUGCGGAGUUAUUUCACCAACCUUUGACGUCCCGAUCAACGAUAUCGAAAAGUGGACAAACAAUUUGCUUCCGUCGCGUCAAUUCGGCUACGUGGUGUUGACCACCAGCGGUGGUAUUAUGGAUCACGAAGAAGCCAGACGAAGACAUCUAGGAGGAAAGAUCUUGGGAUUCUUCUUUUAAGCUAAGAAUUGAUCGAUUUUUAAACAAAUACGAAAUUCUCACAUGGAGCUCUGUGGAAUGUCAAUAAAGCAACGCUGUUGUUUGAAUUCGUAAA